UGUCUCCUAGACUCUCCCACGAGGGGUAACAUCCUCAGCAUUGACCCUGUCAAGCCCCUUAAUGAGAUCACCUUUCACUCUUCUAACUCUAAUAAGGACAGACCCAAACCAAUCAACCUCCCUUCACAAGACAGUGCCUCCAUUCCUGGUAUCAGCCCAAUCAACCUUCUCUGGACUGCCUCCAAUGCCAGUCUGUUCCCAGAAAGUAAUUUGUCUUCUGUCCAGGUCCAUUGUUCUGAAUAACCCACAGAAGAGGAAUGCUUUGUCGCUGGCCAUGUUGGAAUCUCUGCGCAGAGACCUCCUCCACGAUGCAGAAAGCAAUGACCUCCGAGUUAUUGUGAUCUCAGCUGAAGGACCUGUAUUUUCAUCUGGCCACAACCUCAAGGAACUAACAUCUGCUGAAGGAUGGGAUCAUCACGCUGAGGUGUUUGCAGUCUGCACGGACGUUAUGAAUCUGAUUCAGGAUAUGCCGGUGCCAGUCAUUGCAAAAGUUAAUGGUUUAGCCACCGCUGCUGGCUGCCAGCUCGUUGCCAGCUGUGACAUCGCGGUGGCAUCAGAGAAAUCGAGGUUUGCAACUCCAGGAGUCAAUGUCGGGCUCUUCUGCUCCACACCAGCUGUCGCUGUGGGGCGAUCGCUUCCUCGGAAGGUUGCUUUAGAAAUGCUGUUUACCGGAGAGCCUAUUUCUGCCCAUGAUGCAUUGCUGCACGGACUGGUUAGUCGGGUGGUGCCUGAGGACAAACUGGACGAGGUGACUAUGAAAAUUGCGAACAAAAUCUGUGAAGCAAGCAGGUCUGUUAUCGCGCUGGGAAAAGCCACAUUUUACAAACAAAUGGCCCACAACCGAAACGAAGCAUAUCAAAUUGCUGCACAGGUCAUGGUGGACAACCUGGCACUGAGGGAUGGUCAGGAAGGAAUUCAGUCUUUCAUCCAGAAGAGGAAACCUGUGUGGAGACAUUCCACUGAAAGGGCACAUGAGUAACAGUCUCCGCCCAUCUUGGUGUGUGCAGUGUUUCUGGGUAAAGGUGCACUACUCUGAAGCCUAAUAGCUAUAAAAUUCCCAAUGUGAGAUCUGAUCCCUUCAAGGAACUUCAUUUCUACUUGGAAUGAAUUGUAAAUAUAAUACGGAUGUUAUUACAAAUAAAGAAGAUUGUAAUUUA